AAGCAGAACUCGACAAUAUUUUUUGUUUACAUUGGUGACGGCAAGUGAAAUGUUGAUUUCGUCUAUCCUAAAGUCUGCUGUUGACAAAAUGUAUGCCUCUCUUCGUCAUAAACGAACGUGUAAUUUUCUUGAGGUGCACAGAACUUGCGUUCAAUUGGAAACAACUUUAAAAACACAUAUGGAAAGGUGCUGUGGCCGAGUACACCUGCACCUUAACCUAGGAAGUAGAUAUAUAACCUGAAGGCCCUUAUGUAUUCCACCAAAUGAAAGACUGCAAUUCCAUUUCAGCUCAGUAUUCCCAUAAAGGAAUGUAUUCACCUGAAGUUGGAAGAAAGUUCGUCAAAUCUUGUGGUGUAGGGAAUUUGACCAGAUCAUUACACAUGCCAGAGACAAGACUUUAUGCUUGUGAUGAUGGAAGUACACCAGACAUGCUCUCAUGUAUAGCCUCAAGUGAGAGACCUUUCAGCCAGAAAUUCACUUGUGAUCAGUGUGUUUGGUGUCUGCAUCCACUGUGUCUUUCCUCCUUUUUGGUCAGAAGCUUCCUUUUGUGUAAAUGCACUGCUGGCUGUUUGAAAGUUCAUACUUCAGCCAUUAAUCAGAUAAAUAAUUUUCUUCACAGAGAUUUUCGAGAUCACUGGAUGAAAAGAAUUGGUAAUGUGAGUGUGAAAUACAUCUCACCAGCAGUUUUCUCCAGCAAGGCCCUGAAGCAGGAAAAUAGUGACUUUCAUAUGCAAAUUGCACAAAACUGUUGCCCACGGUGUGGAAAAGUUUACGGUAACAAGGGUAACCUUAUGCGACACCUCAAGUUUGAGUGUGGUGUGGCACCGAUGUUCAGUUGUCCAUAUUGCCAGACACGGUGGAAGCGUAAGGAUAAUAUGGAAGUGCACAUUAGGACUUUACACAUGAGGGAGAGUAUUUAGUUGUUAGAAUGUCAGAAAGUAUUCUCUGUAUCUUCCAUAAUAUUUGUACCUGUGUGAAGACUCAUGAGAUUUAUAUUUUCAUGUAAGACAGUGGUAAUGGAAGAUUAAUCUAACUGGUUCGUUGGUUGGUUGGUUGGUUGGUUGGUUGGUUUGUUUGUUGGAUUGUGUUGGUGAAUGAUUGUGCUUCCAAUUGUAAGUUAAGAACUGCAUGCAUGAGUGAUGCUUUCAUUCAGCAAUGUAUUUCAGACAAUUGGCAAAGAUCUCUCUCUGGUGAAGGAUUAGUUACACAUUAGUGAGCAUAGUGCCAAAUUUUUGUCAGGUUCCUGAACAUAGUGAUGGUUACAAAACUAAAACUAUUAAGACAAGUUGGGAGUUAUAUAUCUGGAUCUCAGUGAAUACAUAACAUAACUGGUUACACAUGAAGAUUUUGUUUCAGAGCUUAAGUUGAAUGUGUUGUCCAAAUCAACAUCAGUCCUGUUAUGUGUCAAGCUUUUAUAUGUAUGUCUAAGCAUUGCACAUCAUUUACUCUGAAUAAUGUUAAAUCUUUUCAUGUGAUAACAAACUUAAUGUGAGAUUCAGUUUGUAAUAGGUAGUUGCUUUUUUUAAAUAAAAUAAUUUGUUAUUUGAUAAA